AUGUCGACAAGCGGGCUGAAGGCGAUCGCGCCAGUGCCCACAGCGGCGGACUUUCUGGACAUCGUCUUAUCCAAGACCCAGCGUAAAACACCCACUGUCAUCCAUAAAAACUUCAAAAUCAGCCGUAUCCGCAAUUUCUAUAUGCGCAAGGUUAAGUUCACUCAAGACUCAUUCGAUGAAAAACUGGGCGCGAUAUUGACUGAAUUCCCGAUGCUGGAUGAUCUUCAUCCUUUCCUUUCGUCACUUAUGAACGUGUUGUACGACAAGAAUCACUACAAGCUUGCACUUGGACAACUUAGAACCGCUCGCCAUCUCAUCGAUCAUGUAGCAAAAGACUACGUCAGACUGCUCAAAUUCGGUGACAGUCUGUACCGUUGUAAACAACUGAAGAAAGCCGCUCUUGGUCGCAUGGCAACAAUAAUGCGCCGACAAAAGGAUCCUCUGGCAUACCUUGAACAAGUCCGCCAGCAUAUCUCUCGUCUCCCUGCAAUCGAUCCGAAUACCCGAACCCUUCUCAUCUGUGGAUACCCCAACGUCGGAAAGUCAUCCUUCAUAAAUAAAGUCACUCGCGCGGACGUAGACGUCCAACCGUAUGCCUUCACCACAAAAUCCCUCUUCGUCGGACAUCUCGAUUACAAAUACCUUCGAUGGCAAGUCAUCGACACGCCGGGGAUAUUAGAUCACCCGCUAGAAGAUAUGAACACGAUCGAAAUGCAAAGUAUCACCGCCCUAGCGCAUCUCAAAAGCUGUGUAAUGUAUUUUAUGGAUCUGAGUGAGCAGUGUGGGUACUCUAUCGAGGCUCAGCCUCUAUUCGCCGGCAAACCUACUCUCCUCGUCAUAAACAAAAUCGAUGUCAAACGGUUAGAAGACGUCGAACCUGAGUCCCGCGCGCUUGUACAGGAGAUCAUCGACUCUGAGGGCGUUGACGUCGUGCAAGUCUCUUGCUACUCAGAGGAAGGUGUUAUGGACCUAAAAAACAAGGCCUGCGACGCCCUUCUGGCACAUCGUGUCGACUCGAAAAUGAAGGGCAGCAAGAUCAACUCUGUCAUCAACCGUAUUCAUGUCGCGCAGCCCAAAGCCCGCGAUGACAUCGUCAGAGCGCCGUUCAUCCCAGAAAUUGUUCAAGCACGCAAGAAAUACGACAAGAACGAUCCUAACCGUAAGAAACUGCUUCGCGAUAUCGAACUCGAAGAGGGUGGAGCUGGUGUAUUCAAUAUCAACAUGAAAGAGAGCUACCUUCUUGCCAAUCCCGAAUGGAAGAACGAUAUCAUGCCUGAGAUCAUGGAGGGCAAGAACAUCGCUGACUUCAUCGACUCCGACAUCGCAGAGAAACUCGAGGCUUUGGAGCGUGAAGAGGAACGUCUCGAAGCGGAAGGGUUUUACCAGUCUGACGAUGAUAUGUUCGAUUCAGAUGAUGAGCGAGAAGCGGCAGCUGCCAAAAUCUCAUUGAAGCACAAAAUCAAAUCGCAGUCCAUCAAGAAGUCUCUCAAGAACCAAUCGCGCCUUCCUCGUACAGCCGGCCUACGUACUCUCACCGAGCUCACCGAUGAGCUCACGAAAGCCGGCUACGACCCGAGUAAGAUCGAAGAGCGGGCGAAGAUGCUCGCCAAGCUACAGGGCGCGCAGCAGAAGAAACGCAAGAGGGAUGAUGAUGACGAUGACGACGACGUUGACAUGGAUGCAGACGAGGGUGAUGAUGCGGAUGGCGCCUGGAUGGACGUCGACGGUGAGGAGGAUGUAUCACCCAAGAGAGCCAAGGGCAACUCGGGUGCAGUCAUUGCCACGAACAAACGUGCCCCAAGAUCGAAUCGUCAGCUUGCCGGUCUGCGGGACGAAGGGCAAGCAACGAAAGCUAACCAACUUCGUAACUUCAUGCAACGCCCACGCAACAUGCAUGCCAAAGCCGGAGAAAGUGAUCGUGCGAUCCGCGUUAAAAUGCCAAAACAUUUGUUCUCAGGGAAACGGAAAGGAGGGAAAACAGACAGGCGGUAA